AUGGAAUCGUGGAACACUUACUCUCAAACCUCACAUGGAACACCCAGUUCUACCUGGUUGUGUCCACAAAAUAAUUCGCAUGGUUCAGAUUGGUUGCAACCUCAGAACAAUUCUUCUAUUGAGCGAGAACGUAAUGAGAACACGGCCCUGGCUACUCCGACACGUUUUAUGAUGGAAUAUAAUGAAAUGAAUCAAACUUCUACGACAAAUCCUUAUUUCAGUCCUUUCGCUCAAGAAAUGGACAGACUCUUUGACUUAAAAAUUGGUAAUCAAGAAGACUUGUUAAAUAACAGCGUGUACAGCAAUGAAGAUUUUUCAUUUUUGAAUACGAGCGAGUCCAUUGUCCCCGUUUCAACCUCUACCAUCCCUAUUUCCAAUACCACAUCAAACAGAAACCUGAUAAAUUCCCCCACUCCAAGCCUCGUCACGGAUGACGACCAAGAUCAGUUAUAUAAUAUAAAUGAACAAUUGGUUCAGUAUCCCAUUGUCACAUCGUCGUCUUCAUUCAUCUCAUCAAAUUACAUCGCUGAUGAUCAACAAAAGCAGCGUCAAAUUCAAUACCCUACGCCUACGUCAGUUUCUUUCCCCCAUUCGAUUUCUGAUACGACUGAAAAUAAUAUUCAAAAGAAUCAAAAUGAACGACAAACCUUAACCUCGUCUAAAAGUUCCGUUUCAUCGUCACCCAUUUCUCAAUCUUCUUCACCUGUCGUCGUUAAUGAAUCUCAUAAACUUGUCCAACAAAGUACUGAACGAGAACAAUCAGCUAAUUAUUCCGUGAGAUCAACGUCUUCAUUCUACCAAUCUGAUGACAAGCAAGACUUAUAUAUCCAAGGAGUCCGGCAACGAUUAUAUCCUUCCAUUAACGAUACAAUGUUGUCGGCCACUCCACGAAAUCUUGAAAAUCGGGAUCAAUACUUGCAAGCAAAAAAGCAUGAUCCAAAGCAAUUGCUUUUACCUUUGACGGUCAGCAAACCUUCAACAGACGUGAUUACGAUCACUUCGCCUUCUUCAAGCCUCGCCACCGAUGAUGAUGAAAUGGAAAUAUCCGAACAAAGGAGGAGUAAUCGUCAGAGUGGCUAUCAAGACUUCCAAUUGAGUAUCUCUACUAAUGACCUACCGAUGCAACAACCUUCUCCUGCGUCAUCUGAAUAUUACUCGAGCAAUUCGAAGACGCCACCUUCCUCUCAUGACACCACUCCGAAAGAAAAGAAGCGUCGUGCAUCACAAAAAAAGAUCAAUAGUAAGAGACCUGGAAAGCUUCACGAUGAAACGUUAAUCACUCCAAUCGACGAAUCCCAUUCUGAUAUUCAAGAGCAAGCUCUUAUGGCCGCAACAUCAUCCGAACAAUCAUCUACGGUUAUUGUGGCAGCUACUUCUACCGAGACCAAUGAAGGCUCUUCCAACACGAAUUCGAACUCAAGCUCAACAAAAACAUCAUCCAACAUGGAUACGUCAUCAGGAACAUCAUCCGCUGAUCUUGACACCUCGACAUCUUGUAUUGGCGUCAAAAGAAAUUCUAUAGAUGAUGGUCACGACGAGACACCCGAGGAAAAAAGGUCAAGAUUAUUAGAAAGAAAUCGAAUUGCAGCUGCAAAAUGCCGUCAAAAGAAAAAACAAGCUCAAGAGAGCCUCCAACACCAAGCGUCAGAUUUGACGCAAAAGAACACGGGAUUGCACUCGGUUGUAAACGAUCUCAGAGAGGAAGCUUUAAGAUUGAAAAAUCAGCUGCUUGCUCACAGCACUU